AUGUAUUGGCUUCGUCAUACAAAUAUUUACAAAAAGAAUGUUAGCUGGGGAAAAGGUGGCAUCAAUCCCAACAGGAACAGGUCCCAUGCCUACUAUCUGGAAUGCCUUUGCAAUGACUUUCAGAAAAUUGUUAUUAAUCAUUUCAACAGAAUCAUCAGUUCAGAAGGAGCUCCAGAAAGACUACAUACUACAAGAAAGCAAGAGUUUAACAUUCUUAAUGAUGAAGAGAUUCUGGAACACAUUCAGCAUUAUCAGGCCUUGAUUAGACAUAUAAAAAGAAGAGAAAUCUUGAGCAAGCUGAAGAAUCAGGUUACAUCUUUAAACAGAAAAGUAACUGUUGUUUGUGGUGUGGCAGGAUCAGGAAAAAGUGGGAUCAUUGCAGAAGUAGCUUCUUUGGCUUCAAACUGGAUUUCUGGGAAUCUCAGAGUUGUGCUUCGAUUUAUUGGUAUAACUGGAGAAAGCAGAAGUGUCCGACGGCUGCUUCUGAGUCUUUGCUACCAAAUAGCUGACAUUUAUCAUGUUUCUGUUACUUUAUCUGAGGAUUUUGAAGGACUGGUAGAAGAAUUUUCCUCUCUGCUGGAAUUUGCUACACAAGACAAGCCACUCCUAAUCUGCCUUGAUGGUAUAAAUGAACUAUCAGAGGAAUGUGGUGCUGACCUUUCUUGGAUACCAUCUGAAUUACCAAAGAAUGUACAUUUUAUUGUUUCUACUUGCUUGGAAUCAGAUGUUUCAUGCAUAAGAAAACUGGAGAAGAUAACCUUGAAAGAACAUUUUUUUCAAAUACCUCCUUUAACAUUUGAAGAAAUCAAUGAAAUUAUCAUCUUUUGGCUCAAAAAGGAUCAUCGAAGACUCACCCAAUAUCAGUUCAAGCACUUAAUGGAAGCAUGCAUAGCCUGUCCAUUGCCACUUUACCUAUACUGUGCUUAUAAGGAAUCCUGUUUAUGGACAUCUUUCAGCCCAGACACGGAGGUUUGUCUCCCUCAAAGUAUACCUGACAUGUAUUCUUGGAGGUUGAGCAGAAUGGAAAGAUCUCAUGGUGAACAAAUUAUACAAAGGAUUGCAGCUUAUGUGACACUUUCAAGAAAUGGCAUCACUCAGGAAGAAUUGCUCAACCUCAUGUCAAUGGAUUGUAUGGUCAUUCAAGAAAUAAAUAAAUUCCAAAAAAGCUCAAUGUCACCAUUUCCACUAGUGUUAUGGUUGAAAUUUUUAGAUGAUCUUGGAGAUGAUUUGAGAGAGCAAAGAACUGAUAACACAUAUGUUUUUACUUGGGCUCAUACUUCUUUAAAGCAUGUGUGCAUUCAGAGAUACCUGAAAUCACAAGAUUCCCAAAUAUCACUACAUGCUAUCUUUGCUGACUAUUACCUAGGUAGAAGCUCACAGGAGUUGAGGAAGUGCAGUGAACCAUCAAUAUUUCAGCCUUUGGCCUGGACUCUGAAAAAAGAAUCCAAGACCAGCUACAUCUUCAAUGUCCGUAAAGUCUUUGGGGCUCCAUAUCACCUCAUCAGAUCAAAAAAUAUUGCUGUUCUAAUCAAAGAAUGUCUCUUUAAUUAUGAGUUUCUUUUGUACAAAUCCUGGGCCUCAUCAAUUGUCAGUAUUGAAGAAGAUCUAGGAGCAGCGAUUAAUGCUGACAGGACUAUACCUGACUUAACCUUAUUAAGAGAAACUCUAAAAUUGUCCAAGAUGGUUUUAAUAAAAGAUCCAUGCCAGAUGGCUUCACAGCUCAUAGGCCGUCUUCAUCAGAUUGUUGCAGCUGAUAUACCAGUAGCACCAGGUAGAGCAAAUUAUGAACCUCUGAUUUUCAUAGAAAAAUUCUGA